AUGAAAUAUAUACUCUUAGUCACUAUAUCAAUUUUAGGAGUCGGUGUUGCUGAUAACAUCGACGAUAUUGCUGGAGUUGACUCAAUUCUAAAGCUAGUACACGUUAUUUUUAGACAUGGUGAUAGAACUCCGGAUAGUUUGUAUCCAAAUGAUCCAUACACUGAAGAAGAUUUUUAUCCAUUCAGAAUUGGUCACUUAACAAAUAAUGGAAAAAUGACCGCUUAUAACAUUGGAACAUCUCUUCGUAAAAAAUAUAACAAACUUCUUUUAGAUGUUUACACCCCAGACAUCUUAAACGCGAUUUCUUCGCAUUAUCCAAGAGCUAAAGCUAGUUUACAAGCUGUUUUAGCCGGAUUAUAUCCACCAAGUGAUUCUUUAAAAUGGAACAAAAAUUUGUCUUGGGAACCAAUCCCUUUCGACGCAUUACAAGCCGAUAAUAACAAGAUGUUUGUGUCGUUCAAACUUUGUCCUGGAACAUUAAAUUUAUUGUUACAAUCUGCGACAGCAAUGGCUUCAGAUCCGGUGUUCUUAAAAUAUAAACAUUUCGAACCAAUGCUUCAAGAAGCUACAGGAAUGCACGAUUAUCCGCUUUUAUUGAUAGGAACGCUGGUCUAUUCGACUUUAAAAGCGGAAGACGAGGCGGGAUUAAAAUUGCCUUCUUGGACUAAAGAUGUGUAUCCGGAGGUUUUGAGCGAAAUUUCAGCCGCUUUUUGGAAAUACACUGCCACAGAAGGCGAUAUGAGAAUUUUAUCCGCCGGAUAUUUGGUGUCACAAAUUGUUAAUAACACAUACGCGACUAUUAAUGGUGAAGAAGACGCAAAGAAUAGAAAAAUUUAUUUGUAUUCAGGCCACGAUUAUAACGUGGUUGCUUUAUUGUCGGUCUUAGAAAAUUUAGUACCACAUAAUCCUAAUUAUGGAGCACAUAUUAUUAUUGAAGUACAUGAAUUCAUGGGAGCUUAUUUUCUUAAAUUUCUUCAUCAAAAUUACGAAAGGAAUGAGCCCAAAACUUUAUUUGUUCCAAAUUGUGGAUAUUAUUGCCCGUUAGAACUUUUCGUUAAACUUUACGCUAAAUAUUUGGAUACAAAUUAUAUGGAUGAAUUAUGUGGUUUAAAUUAA